UCAUGUUAUGAUUGCGGAAGUGGUCCGGGAGGAUUAUUGCAACGUGAAUUUGCUGCAAGAUAAAUUUCUCUUAGGAGCUGAAUGAGUUAUUUUAUCUGAAAACAGUCAGUCCGCGAUGACAGCUCUUAAAUACGCCGGGAUGGACGACACAGACAGUGAAGACGAGCUUCCUCCGGGCUGGGAGGAGAGAUCCACUAAAGACGGAUGGGUUUAUUAUGCCAAUCACGAGGAAAUGAAGACUCAGUGGGGGCUUACCUUGCCGUAUGGAUGGGAGCAGGAGACCGAUGAUAAAGGCCAAAUCUUCUAUUCUGACCACAUCAACAAACGCACAACGUAUUUUGACCCUCGGCAGGCCUUCACCAUAGAGGACAUGCAGGUGAAGCCCAAACGCUACGAUGGGAACACCACGGCUCUGGAGGUCCUGCAUGACUGUGACCUGUCUGAUAAGGUGGUGGUGAUCACCGGAGCAAACUCUGGCAUCGGUUUUGAGACUGCCCGAUCUUUCGCUCUUCAUGGUGCUCAUGUGAUCUUAGCGUGCCGAAACCAAAGUCGUGCCAUGAAAGCAGUGAGUCUGAUCACGGAAGAAUGGUAUUCACAGCAGCAAACGUGCAGAAAAGCGUGGAGUCACGCUGAAUCAGCAUUCUGCUCCUCGCACGCGCUUCUCCUCGUUUGCUUUAACCCCUCGGGCCGGGAACCCAUCCAUCAUCCGCUCCCAGAUCCUCAGGGCUUAUCCGUGGGACAGAGGUGUCCAGGGUCAUCCAAGCAUCAUUUGAAGGUCAAACCAAAGUUGUGA